CGUGGUGAUCGUAAUGUAAUAGAAUGCAGAGGUCAUAGAAUCCCUAAAAAUCCUUCACAAGCAUCCAAACUGUCAUCAAACCAUCCUCUCAUUUUCUUCUCUGUCAACAACUUACACUCCAGCUUUUAGUCUUCCUCAUAUGUGAUCUAUAAUAUUAUUCAGUGGCAAUAGCUACGUCUGAACUCUGAAGUAUCCACCGCUAUCUUUUCUUUAAUAAAAUACUAAGAACGUAUAUUAUCAAUUGUCAUAUGACAUUUGCUCAUGCAUGAUGUAUAAAUUUUAUAACCCGCGCGAUUUUAGGUUUCUAAUUGUUAAUUCCCGAAGGUAACUCUUAACCACAUAAACACAUAUUUCUCUUUAUUUGAAUAUUCUAAAACGUUAUUUUAUUAUAUUGCUUCCUUAGGACACAUGCAAUCUUGUUCUGAUAAGACCGGCAGAUCUCGACACGAGUCUCUCUCAACAUGCACACCUCCUCCUUUACAUAUUAUAAUUCUUUUUUAUUUCGAACUUUUAUCCAACGUAACAAAUUACGAUAUAUGACACAAGGGUCACGACGUUGCAUACAGGCAUUACAUGUAACAUAACCCCCAAUAAUACCUAAUCAACCACGUAUAAAACCGAAACUCGAGCAAUCGCAAGGGAUCAUUUUGUUUUCAAACACAUAUAUAGACUUAUAAUUAUAAAACUAUACAGUAUACACUCCAAAAAAUGGUGGAGGUCCAAGACAUGGAACCACUUAGCCCAAUUCAAGACGACGAUGAUUGCGAAGACGAAGAAGACGAACUUGACCGUGUCAAUGAAGACAUCAGCUACGGCGAUCUCAAGAAACGUAUGUGGAAAGAUCGAAACCUCAUGUGUAAGCUCAAACAGCAGAAACAAGAUGACCAUGACCUCUCUUAUCCCUCAUCUUCCACGUCACCACCAUCUUCUUCUCCCUCAUCAUCAGCUAUCGUGCGCCGAGCAGAAGCCUCACGCCGCAAGAAAAUGGCUAGAUCUCAAGACUCGGUGUUGAAAUACAUGAUGAAGAUCAUGGAAGUCUGCAAAGCUCGAGGAUUCGUCUACGGAAUCGUACCGGAAAAGGGUAAACCGGUAACCGGUUCUUCCGACAGCUUAAGACGUUGGUGGAAAGAAAACGUUCAGUUCGACCAAACCGCUCCGACCGCGGUUGCCGACUACUUAACCUUAGCGGCCGCUCAGCUAAUCUCGUCUAGUGAGUCUCUAGAUCCGAACUCGUACAUCCACAUGCUCCACGAGCUACAAGACACGACGCUAGGCUCCUUGCUAUCGGCUCUGAUGCAACACUGCGUGCCGCCGCAGCGGCGGUUCCCGCUGGAAAAAGGUUUGGCUCCGCCGUGGUGGCCGGACGGGACAGAGCUAUGGUGGGGAGAGCAAGGAGCGACGGCGUUCGAGCACGGUCCGCCGCCGUAUAGGAAACCGCACGAUCUUCGAAAAGCUUGGAAAGUGAGCGUUUUAGCGGCGGUGAUCAAACACAUGUCUCCCAACUUGGAGAGAGUGAGAAGGCUCGCGAGACAGUCAAAGUGUUUGCAAGAUAAGAUGAUGGCUAAGGAGACUGAUACUUGGUCUCGCGUGUUGAACCAAGAAGAAGCUCUUUUAAAACGCCUCAAGAUCUCUGACGACGAGGACGUGGACGAGGAGGAUCAAGAACCGGCAAGACUCGUUGCCCUUGAUCAAGAACAGAUGGGGAACAAGAGAAAAGGUGAGUUUGUGGAGGAGGGAGCAAUGUUAUCUAACUUAUACACUUGUCAAAACUCGAGUUGUCCUUCGAGUGAUGUGAGUUUAGGAUUCGUCGACAAGAAUCUGAGGACAGGACACGAGAUGGAGUGUCUCUACGGGACACAAGAACCGAUAUAUCAGAGUAAUGUUAGCUCGGAUGGGUUGGUUCGGCCCAUGACAACUAGUGACGAUGAUUAUAGCGCGAGCUCGAAAGGAAAGGACACUAUAGAUUAUCUGAAUCAAGACGGUAACUGGCUAGACUAUCUCUGGUUUGAGAGGCUACAUGAUUUUAACUGUUCUGACCAAGCAACUACGGUGGAUUUAAACCAAUUACCAGAUCAUUCUGACUCGAAUCCGACCGUUAACGAGGAAGAGUUUUCUUUAUGGGACAUGGGUUGGGAAGACAGAGAUAUUUAUAUGUCUCAAGAUUGAAAAAUGCACCACCGGAGUUGGCCUAGUGGUUUUGUGGAAGUUCGGCUCCCUAGAUUCGAUUCUCGUUGGGAGGGGAUUAAAUAAUCGGCUCUUGUCCCUGACCUCCGAGAUUAAACGGGUCUUUAAGGUGAUCAUCAAAAAGAGAUUGAAAAAUGCUAGUUACAAUGUAUUUAACAAAAGUUAAAAGAAUAAACAGAGGAAAAACAUUUUGUUGUUGUUUGUGUGUUACUCCAAAAGCUAUACAAAUCAAGAAAUAAUACUUUCUUUUAAUCAAUUUUGUUUUAGUUCA